AAAGAAUCUGAGAGUGUGAAGGAGGGAAACAUGAGCCUAUAACCACUGGAUUUUAUUUGGGAUAAAAGACACAACUGAAGAGCUGAGAAUGUCUUCUCUAUCAGAUGCAGACUCUCUCUGUAAGCAUGGAGAUACAAUCUGUGAGAUCCGUGUAUACGAGCAGGAAGUGAUCAUCGUGCCCAUCCUGCUGCUGUCCAGCUUCCUGAUUACACUGGUCUUCAUUUUCCUGCUGCGCUUCUGUCCAGAGAGAGUCGAUCGGAUCCGUCCGCAGGCAAAAAAGUUGACCAACAGGAGGGUGCUGCAUGGAAUUGAUGCUCCACCUGGUAUCAAUGUCCUGGAACAUGAAAGCAUCGCUCUGGAUGUACCCAGUUCCUACUCCACCUUUAACCCCCCACACACUUACCCCUCCAAAAACUUCUCCACUCCUGUGGUUGCAUCCAUAACACGACCCAGCCCCCCUCAGCAGACCUUCCAGCCCAGUUUUACUCCUGUCGUCCAGCCCAGAGAGCUGCCUCGUCAGAGGCUGCCAGAGUCCUUUAACCUGGUCUCCCCUCUGCCUGCUGCCUUCUCCCUGCGCUCUGACUCCUCUGUGUCCCUCUACAGGGCUCGCAUGGAGAACAGGAACGUGGUGCUGCGAGUCCUGAAUGACUCUGCUGAUGCCACAGAAAGGCAUAACUUCCUGGGCUUUGCAUCCUUCUUGGCCCAGCUGGGACCUCAUCCCUUCUUACCAGAGCUUCUUGGUGUGGUCUCACUUCGAGCUCCCCUGGUUACAGUAGUAGAAGAGCUGGAGAACAGAGACCUGCUCAGCUACCUGUGGCGAUGCAGACAGGAGAAUGUGAAUCCACCAUGUGAGAUGACAGACAGAAAAAUAUUCACUAUGGCCAAACAGGUGGCCUCAGCUCUGGAGUUCCUUCACAGCAAAGACCUUCUUCACGGGAACAUUCGCGCCCGCAGUGUUUUGGUCAGUAAAGAGUGCACGGCCAAGCUUUGGGGUCUGCAUGGGGUCUACACAAGAAAAGAUCAGGGAACCACUCAGAAAGACGAUCCCAGCAUGAAGAAAUGGCAGGCACCGGAGCUGUUGGCCCGGAGACCUGCCAGUCAGAGCAGCGAUGUCUGGUCUUUUGGAAUCUUACUUUAUGAAAUGGCAACACUGGGUGAAGCUCCUUUUGCAGAAGUCUCCGUAAAUGAACUCCUGCAGUUUCAUCAAAGAGGAAAAAGUCUGAAAAAACCUCCAAACUGUUCGAACACAUUACACUCCAUCAUUAAGAGCUGCUGCCAGUGGAAGGAUCAGGAUCGACCUUCUCUGGCCGAGGUGAGCCGCAAACUGCUGUCAGGAGAGAAGGGUGCGUCCGAUAAAGUCCUGAAGGGGUCGGGGCCAGUUAACAUAGAGCAGUACCUGCAGGAAGCCGGAUAUGGAGAAACUAACAGCUACACUGUUUUCUGAUCCCUGCCAGUAGCAACAAAUUAAAAUAUAAAUUGCACUAUUUUCACUGACAACCCAAUAGGGCACUUUGACAUAAUCAGUAUCUUUCAGGUGCAAUAAGUGCUUCAGGCACUGAAAAUAUUCUUGAUGUUUGUCAUAUAAUCUGUUUCAGUUUCACCUAAG